AUGGCGGCGCCAGCAGUGGAGAAGUGGGGCUUAAGCCUCCCGAUCGAGUAUACAGUGAUAGCAUUGUUCUUACUUGUCAUUGGUCCAUUCCUGCUUAAAAUUGGGGUCAUAAACGAGAAGAAGUCUCAAGCCAAUGUAUACAACGUUCGCCAGGCUGCAGUUGCUGAUACCGAGGAAGUUGUUGAGGAGCGGCUGCCAUUGGUCGACAACAAAGAUGAAAGAAGAUGGGGUAUGGGGAGCAACCAUAAAAUUGACUGGCAUAACUAUUCACAGAUAGAAGCAGAUAAGCAGAGACAAGGGCCGGGAGAACAUGGGAUGCCAGUUAAAUAUACAUCAGAAAUGAAGAAGACAGAACGACAAGAUUUCUCUGCGAAUGGAUUCAAUGUUCGUGUCAGCGACAUGGUUUCAUUGGACCGUUCCAUUCCAGAUAUCAGAAACCCAAGAUGUAAAGACCUUAAAUAUUCGGCCAAGUUACCAACGACGAGUGUGAUUAUACCGUUCCACAACGAAGCGAUGUCAACUCUACAGCGCACAGUCCACAGCGUUAUGAACCGUUCGCCCCCGCAACUGUUACAUGAGAUCAUACUAGUUGACGAUUUCAGCGAUAAACCAUUUUUGAGGGAACCAUUAGAACAAUACAUGUCGAGAUUCCCUAAGGUGAAGCUUUUAAGGAAUGCUCGCAGAGAGGGAUUGAUCCGUACCCGUCUUGCCGGCGCCUACGCAGCGACAGGAGAUGUCAUCCUAAUUCUUGAUUCCCAUUGCGAAGUGAAUGUGAACUGGCUACCACCGUUACUUGAUCGCAUUGCAUCAAAUAGAAAGCGAAUAGUUUGCCCCAUGAUUGAUGUCAUAGGCAACGACGACUGGCACUAUGAAACCCAGGCAGGUGAUGCGAUGCGAGGUGCGUUUGAUUGGGAACUCUACUACAAGAGAAUUCCAAUCAACGAGGAAGAGAAGAAAAGGCGAAUCCAUGCAAGCGAACCAUUCAGGACACCAAUAAUGGCUGGCGGACUGUUCGCUGUUGAUAGGAAAUACUUCUUGGACGAGCUUGGAGGCUAUGAUAAAGGAUUGGAUGUUUGGGGUGGUGAACAGUAUGAUCUUUCAUUCAAGAUUUGGAUGUGCGGUGGUGAAAUGGAGGACGUUCCCUGCUCUCGUGUUGGGCAUGUCUAUCGUAAAUUCAUGUCUUAUUCUGUACCAGGUGGCGGUAACGUCAUAAAUAAGAAUUUGAUGCGAGUUGUUGAAACGUGGAUGGAUGAUUGGAAGAAAUACUUCUACGAACGCAGACCUUACCUCAAGGGGGUAAACUUUGGUGACAUAAGUGAUCAGAUGAACUUAAAAAAGCGACUCAAUUGUCAUAAUUUUACAUGGUUUAUGGAAAAUGUAGCACCAGACAUUCUGAAGCACUACCCGCCUGUUGAGCCCAAGCAUGCUGCAGAGGGCCAGGUUCAUAGUGUGUCUUCAGGAUUAUGCCUAAAAGUUACUCAGGGCGAAAAAUCUGAGUUUGAUUUAACAACAUGUAGCACAUCAGUAACCAAAAACAGUAGACAAUAUUUCGCUCUUACGUGGCAUGAUGACCUGCGUAUAGGAUCAACUAAGUUUAAAAAGUGCAUUGACUUUCCAUAUAACCGUGAAGGGUCUGCGCCCAUUAUAUUCCCUUGCCAUGGGGGAGGAGGAAACCAACUAUGGGUGUAUAAUGAGGAGCACCAGCUGUUGUACCAUAAAAUGUCAAGGUUUUGUCUGGACAGUGCACCAUCAUCGGAGGCAAGAGUUGUACUCACAAAAUGUAGCAAGACAUCAAAAACACAAAAAUGGAAAUUUGACAAGACAGAUAAAGGACUCCUGCAGAAGCUCAACAAUAGACAUAGUAUAUCUUUUGAAAGUUAGCAGUAAAUAUUUUUAAGGUUUUAAAAUGUUUUAUUAAACCAAAUCAACCAGACAGUUAUUUGUCAAAGCUGUGCCUUCAUGUACUCAACAUUGAAACUUUCAUAUGUGUCUAUGCUAAGGUGAAAUUAGAGAGCUUUCGCUAUCCUGUCCGGGAACGAGUGCCACGUAAGAACUGUCUCCCUAUACAACGAUUGUUCAAAAUAGUGUUUAUCUACUUAUUCUAGCAUUCUCCUUGCUAUGUAUGCUUUGAAAAUUAUGUGAUUCUUUGCAAACCGUAGCUAGCCUAGAAAUCGUAACAUAGUUUGCGGGUCAAAGACUUUCGUGCAUACCUAAACAGGCGGUAGAUAUGCAGGGGCCUUGGCCUAAUAUUUGUUGAAAAAUCUCCAAUACCUUUUGGACCAUUUGCAAACCAUUAAGGCAAAAUUCUCAACUUGAAUUUCCAAUCAAUUGGUAUAGUUUACUGGUGUCCCAACCACGAUUAUUCAUCAUUAUACAAAUCCUGGCUGCCGAUGCAAUCGCUCUGUACAACACCGCUGUGCUAGUCAAUUGUUUACAUCCAACGCCCAAGUUAGGUCACGUGACACCCAUCACCGAAAUGAUCUAUUGAAUUUUUCCACAAAAGACAGGCCCUAGUCAUACCGUACAGUUUAAGCAGCCGUGUCACCACAGCACAAGUACGAGUGCCAGAAACAUCGCAUCAGGCUGUGUUAUCACCAAGAAUGUUUGAUUCCCGUAGCAUUCAAAACGAGAUAGCAAAACUGAUAUCUGUUUUUGUACAAGUACGGAAACAUGAAGGAGCAAUAUUCUUGGUAAAUGAAUUCUCGAGCAGGAUAGUGAAAGCUCUGUACUUAUUUUUUAUUCUCUGUGAAUGAUUUUCAAUUUUUCUGCUUUAAAAUAUUGUAUGUAAGAGGGUGAAUAUUCCUGGGAUCCCAUUGUUUUCUUCUAAUUUUUAUUGUCUAUUUUACUCAAUUUGUUUUAAACACUAACUUCGAUUAAAAAUAUAUAUUAUUAAAAUAUAUUAGUUUAGGUGAUUGUAAGUUGUUUUUUUUUUGCUUUAACAAUUUUUGAUAAACAUUGUUAAAAAUUCUAUUUAUGUUUAAUUUUAAUUU